ACCGCGAUUGGGCUGCCGCAGUUUAAAGCGAUUAUUUGAGUUCUAUCCUCAGUGAAGCGAUUUUUAAGCAAAAAUAAUCGCGGAGAGGAGCAAUUAAUUUCUAACAAACUAUUCUUUUUAAGAUAUAUUUAAAAACGUAAUUUGAUCAGCAAAAAUGGGAGAUGAAGUUAACCCUAAAGCGUAUCCUUUAGCAGACGCUACUUUGACUUCUAAAAUUUUGAAUUUAGUACAACAAGCUAUGAAUUAUAAACAAUUAAGGAAAGGAGCUAAUGAAGCAACGAAAACAUUAAAUCGCGGCUUAUCAGAAUUUAUCGUAAUGGCUGCAGAUGCAGAACCUCUAGAAAUUUUGCUGCAUUUGCCAUUAUUGUGCGAAGACAAAAAUGUACCAUAUGUAUUUGUUAGAAGUAAACAAGCUCUAGGUCGUGCUUGUGGUGUAUCUAGGCCCGUUGUUGCUUGCUCUGUGACAGUUAACGAAGGAUCACAAUUAAAACCACAGAUUCAGGCUAUACAACAAGAGAUUGAACGUCUCUUAGUUUAAAUACUUUGUACCUGAUUCAGAAUCAUUCUUUUUAAAUUUAAAUAUAAUCAAACUAUCAUUUCUAUUUUUUACACAGAAUUUUGAAUAAUUUCAAAAGAUCGAGCCUUAUAUAUCUUUCAUGCAGUGAAAUUUACAUAUAAGUUAUCUUUAUGACUGAAAAAUGUUAACUAAAAAGUAUUGAUAUACUGUCUGUAUCACAAUCCAAAAUAAAUGUUUUUUAUCACAUAUAAAAUUCAUGAUCUUGUAUGACUUCAUAUUGUGUAAAAGAAUAAACAACAUUUCACUUAAAAAAUAAAAAACCAUUUCUUUUUUCUUAAAUAUUGUAAGCAUAAAAUAUUGAUGUAUUGUAUUUUUCUUUCAUUAUUUUGGUAUAUUUGCCAUUUAUGAGAAAAGCGCUAUCAAUAAUAAAGUGACCACAUUGUAUACUUA